CAAGUAAAAUUGUUGAAUGGAUCCCAUAUAAUAAUUUACAAAAUAUUAAAUAUCUAACAAGAGGUGGUUUUUCUGAAAUUUAUACAGCAGGUUGGAUUAAUGGAAGAUAUGAUGAAUGGGAUUCUAAUGAACGAAAAUUAAUAAGAGUUGGAGCUAUUAAAGUAAUACUUAAACAAUUAGAAAAUGUUGAAAGUGCAGAUCAAAGUUGGUUUGAAGAGGCUAGAUCAUAUUUAACAAUAAGCAACAAACACUCAUCAAUUGUUCAAUGUUUUGGUUUAACACAAGAUCCAUCAAAUGGAACUUAUAUGCUUGUAAUGAAAAAAAUGGAUAUAGAUUUAAGAAAUUAUUUACAACAAAAUCAUGAUCAACUUACAUGGAAAGAAAGAAUUAAAAUCACUUUUUCAAUAAUUGAUGCCCUUUAUGAUAUACAUAUAGAGAAUUUAAUUCAUAGAGAUUUGCAUUUUGGAAAUAUAUUAUACUCACGGUUUAAUAAUUCUUGGCGUAUUAGCGAUCUUGGAUUUUGUGGGCCUCCUGAUAAACCACUAGAUAGUAUAUAUGGAAAUCUUCCCUACAUAGCACCAGAAGUUAUUGCUGGAAAAAGAUAUACUUUGGCAUCUGAUAUUUAUAGUAUUGCAAUGCUUAUGUGGGAAAUUUCAUCUGGACAACCACCAUUUAUAAAUUAUGAACAUGAUUCUAAUCUUGCAAUUAAUAUUAUUGAUGGUAUGAGACCAAAAAUUAUAUCAGAAAUUCCUUCAGAAUAUAAAAGUUUAAUGGAACAAUGUUGGGAUGCUGAUCCAUUAAAAAGACCUGAUACCGAAACAGUAAUAAAUAAGAUGAAUGAAAUUAUGUCAUAUUAUCAAAAUAAACCGGAUGAAUUACCUCAACUAAAAAUAAAAUCGAAUAAUGUAACUAAACUAUUUACAAGUAAAAUUCAUAUAUUUAAAAAUUUACGUGAACCAAAAAAUGCAACAGAAAAGAACAAGAAGCAUUUCAUAGUAAAUUCAGCAUUCCUCAUAAUAUUGAUGAUUUUGGCGAAUCAAGUAAUCAGUACAUGUCAAUAAUAGGAAAAAGUGAUGGAAUUUUUAAAGUUUUAGAUGGUGGUAAAAAAUUAUACAGUAUGUUUAAUAAAAGUACAAAGAAUGAUAAUAAAAAUGAUUAUAAUAAAAAACGUUAUAUCAAUGAAGAUGAUGAUGAAAGAUAUGAUCCAAAUCUUUGUUCAGAGGAACAAGAUUCCUGAUG